UAUGUUAUUUGACUUUAUAGUUUUAUUACAACAAGACAGUUUGAUCAAUGCUAAAACGUAUCUUGUUUCAAGGUAGAGUGAUUAAUUUGUGCUUUUUAUAUUAGUUGCAUUUUUAUAUGUAACAAAAUCGAUUUAUGAUUUUUUUCCAGGUUGUGUUACAACAUCAAAAUGAACAGUCAAAUAAAUGAUGUAAUGGGACUUUGCAGUAAGAUAUCAGAACACAGGAAGAUAAAAGUAGCAAUAGAGAACUCUAUGAAAGGAGCUGCAACAGCCGGAGGAGGGGCUCUAGUAGGGGCAGUGGUUGGAGGUCCACCUGGUAUAUUUGUUGGUGCGACAGUAGGAGGAGCACUGGGAUGGUGGAUGACCAGCGGUAAAUUCCAACCUCUUCAUCAGAUCAUAAUGGAGCUGCCUCCUGAACAAAAGCAAAAACUUUACUCUGAUGUCAUGGCAGUACUGGGCAAUCUGAACUGGGACGACAUUGCUCAAUUAAUUUCUCUUGUAAUGGGAAAUUCCUCUAUGCAUAUGCGUGUACUUAGUACUAUACUUACGUAUGCCACAAAAGAGCUCGGAGCAAAAGUAGAAUAUGGAGAUUGAGAUACAACCUGUUUUAUUUAGGUUAAGUGUGACUGUCUAUUUCUGAUUUUUCUUUACCAUACAAUCAAACAAUCAAAGACAAAAUUAGACUAAAUUUAUUGGUCCUUAGUAAUUAAAAAAUGCUGUCAGUCCCGAAACUUAAUGUAAUUGCAGCUGUUGUUGCAAGAAUAUUCAUUUCAAGAACACUCAACAGUACUUCUAAAUCUUCUGUUAAAUUGGCAAAGAACAAUGAAAAGUUGAAGUAAGCAUUGUGUAAAUUUAAAUUAAAUCAAAUACGUAUAGCUAAACAUCCUAAAUUCUAAAUAAAUUACCACAAUCAACCAUUUAAUCCUAGUAAACAGAUUCAAUUAAAAAAUAAAUGAUCUUUUUACACGCAUGAAGGUUUAGCAUAGUUUAGUUAGUUUAUUAGGGCAGUUCUGCAGAAUGAAGAUACAACAUAUUACACAAAUAUCACAUAAAGACAAGCGAUUAAAAAUCAAGAUAAUUAAAAAUGACAUUUUCCUAUUAAUUAAGUUGAGCAAAGUUAAAGCACGAAUGAGAAUUUUUAUUUAUUUAAUUACAAUUCUAUUACUCUAUUUCAUACAAAAUAUUGUAGACCUAGUUAUUACUUGUAUUUUAUUUAUAUAGUUUUUAAAUAAAUAUUUGUAUUACAUAGAAGGAAUGUCUAAUAUUUUUAAUGUUAUGUAUGAGUAUUUAUGGGCAAUAUUAAUAUGCAUGCUUUAAUGUAGGCUACAAUUUGAUUUCCAGGCCAAAAAUGUUAGAUUUUACCACCUAAGCCAAAAAUGUUUUAUCCAAUUGUAACCAACUACGUUUAAAAUAUUAGAUCCAACACAUUUAUAAUCUGUAAAUUAUGAUUUAUACUCUGACUGAAAUGCUUGUACCAUUCAAAUAAGUUUCUAUGAGGUUUGGCCUUUUGUCUCUGUGUUUUUGUGUCCCUGUUCAUUUAUUAUCUUACUUGAGGUGGUGCCUUGGGAGGGGCCCUCUGAGCUUAAAUAACAAGUGGCUAAUUCAGGCCUAUUUCUGACUCUACUGCUCUGAUAUGAAGGCAGCAUUAGGCACGCUGAAAUGCAAUAUGUAUAUUGGCCGCUAGAGGGCGAAACGCUCUCAAUUUAUUCUAAUCCAAGCAGUAGUUUUACAUUUGUGGGUUUUAUGAUUUAUUUCUGUUGCUGUCAUUUCAUUUUAAUCACUUAUGGUUAUAGAUAAUAUCUGUUGGUUAAAAAAUAAAGAUCUUCUCAUGUCAAAAACAGUAGUCGGUGCUUAACAGUAUAGCUGAUCACAAUAAUGUUUACCACUUACAUUCUGCCAGUUUACACCGUCUAAUAAAAUAUGUUUCUCUUACCGCUUAAGAGGCUUUGUAAGCAACACUGUUUUAUGUAGACAUGUGUUUGUAUGACUAUAAUAUAUAAAUGCAUACUGUUUUCAUUUGCGUAAUAAUGUCACUUU